GAGCGCGGCGGUGAAGGAGCGCAGCGGGGCCGGGGCCGCGCCGGGCGCUGACGGGGGUCUCGCUCCCCCCAGGACGGCUCGGGAGCAGUGGGGCCUCGCCCUUCACCUGAGGCGGGCCGGGGCUAUGCGAGGGCCGCGGUGCCGCCUGCCCUAGGCCCGGGCCCGGCGGGGAGCGGCGAGCGGGGCCCGAUGCGGGAGUACAAGGUGGUGGUGCUGGGCAGCGGGGGGGUGGGGAAGUCCGCCCUGACGGUGCAGUUCGUCACCGGGACCUUCAUCGAGAAGUACGACCCCACCAUUGAGGACUUCUACCGCAAGGAGAUCGAGGUGGACUCGUCCCCCUCGGUGCUGGAGAUCCUGGACACGGCGGGCACCGAGCAGUUCGCCUCCAUGCGCGACCUCUACAUCAAGAACGGGCAGGGAUUCAUCCUCGUCUACAGCCUGGUCAACCAGCAGUCCUUCCAGGACAUCAAGCCGAUGAGGGACCAGAUUGUCCGGGUGAAGAGAUACGAGAAAGUUCCUCUGAUCCUGGUGGGGAAUAAAGUGGAUCUGGAGUCGGAGAGGGAAGUCCUGUCUGCAGAAGGCAGAGCCCUGGCUCAGGAGUGGGGCUGUCCCUUCAUGGAGACGUCAGCCAAGAGCAAAACAAUGGUGGAUGAACUGUUUGCUGAGAUCGUCAGGCAAAUGAACUAUGCCUCCCUGCCUGAAAAACAAGAUCAAUGUUGUACAACUUGCAUCGUCCAGUGAGAGAGAUUAAGAAAAACCUCAACCAUGGCCAUACAGAGCAG